AUGUCUAAGCAUCGAAGAACUAAAUCAAGUGGGAAUUAUUUCUAAAUUAAUCACGAGUUUUUAGUUAAAGAUGAUGAUUUCGAAUAUAAUGAAACUAAAUUGAUUAUACAGAAAAUACAAUAAAUGGCUACUUAAACUUAACAAAUUGUAGAAAAACUUGAUGAAAACACCCAAGGAAUGUAUAAUAACUUAUUCAACUUUGGAAAACAACAAUCCAAAGAAAAAGCAGAUCUGAAUCUCAGCCAAAUCUCAGAGUGUAGUUGUAAAACAUACUCCUUAUUAAAAAGCAACUCAUUCAGCUGAAUAUCCAAGUCUCAAAUUAUGUAACUAAGGCCUUCAAUCGCCUAUUCGAAUGCACGCCUAAACUAGUUAAAGUUUGCAAUAGACGAUUUAAUACUUAGAGCAAGAAAUUGAAUAAAUGAAAAUACAACAGGAUGAAAUGCAUACAGUUAAUAUGUUUUUAUUAUAAGAAACUUAAAAAAAUCGUUAAGAUUUAUUGAGGGGUUAAAAAGUAAGACUGAAUUAUAAAUAGGAAAACGAAGAAAGGAUUAAAUAGCUCAUCUCUAAGAUUGACAAAGAGUAGUCGAAUGCGAAUGGGUAUUUUCAUAAAAUAUUUUUAACAGUAGUACUUCAGACGGUCUAGAUUUAAUUUGA